AUGAAGAUGCAAAAAGAGACUGAGCUUUUCAACGAGUUUACUGCCGUGAUGGAAGAAACGAAGAAAGAACGAAAGACAAAUCAAUCACUAAAGGAGCAAUUGAAGACGCUCUCCGAAGCCGCAAGUUCAGAGACGGUCGAGCGAGAGAAGGUCAAGCAGUCACAGGCUGAUCUGAUUGAAAAAUUCGAGACUGUGUUUGAAGAACUCAACAACAAAUCAGCCAACCAAUUCGUCACCUCUCUUUUCAAGUCAAGUCGUGGAAGGAUCACACAAGCAAAAGCCGAGACACUUCUCAAGCUAGCUCAGUUCCAGGUUCUUGACAUCACGAAGGAGGUUCAGCUCCUUCACGAGAUUAAGGAUGUCCAAGAUGAGUUGCGUAUCAUGUCCAUGAUAUUUCGGGAUCAAAAGGUCAUCAUUGACGAGAUGGAGGAAAUCAUCGGGGCAAUCCCCCUGAAAGGCGCAAAGAGAGAUUCAUCAGUGUCUCAACACCAAGUAACAGGGGACCCAAUCGUAAACGAGCACUCUGAUGAUAGCGAGACUGCAACUCGCGCUCGUGAAAAGACGCCCGCGGAUGGCUUUGAUGAGAAGACUGACGAACGAAGAGAUCCGCCUUUCCGAGAAAGAAAUAGUGUUCACGUCGGAAGUGAUGCGUUCUUCACGUCUACCAAUGGAGCAGACUCGGGCUUACGAGGACCUACCGACUAUUAUAUUGGGAACCGGGCGUUCUUUACAUCAACGCGACCCGAACCAGGCAAAGCAAGUACGAGUCUUGAUGAGAAGCAACGCUCCGUCCUUUCUACACGCGCAGUAGUAAAGCUCAGUAUCGAUGAGAUCGAAGACAUGAUUGAUGGGGCCAACAAUGCCUACAGUGCUCUUAACUUACUCAUAGACUUGAAGCAGAAGCAGAGUAAUGUUAUGGAUGCCCGAUAUGCCAGGGUCCAAGCAGAACAAAGCGCAAGACAGGGCAAGACAAUCAUGGUUUUUACCAUUGUCACAAUCAUUUUCUUGCCUUUAUCCUUCAUGGCGGCCUUUUUCGCUAUUGACAUCUCUCAGUUCAAGAGACUCAAAAAUGGUAGACUCAGUUUAGGCUAUGUCUCCGAGAUUAUGUUUCCUAUCUCUGCUUUCAUUAUUGCAUCUCUGAUUUACGUUGCGUUUAAGAUUGAUGAUUUCGAGUGGUUGUGGACUAUCAAUGUUCCAAAGUGGAAGAGAAAGAAAGUGGUGGCGGAUUUGGAGAAGAACCAGCCAAGUAAGGCUCAAGAGCCAGAGCAUCAAAGCAGUGGUUGA